CAUAAACCUGCUUUCCUAACCUUUAAUAUGCGAGUGCAGUGCAGAUGCUUGGUUUUCAUUUUCAGUACACAUGUGGCUUGAAUUACAUCCUAUUGCAUUACAGCUCUUGGAUUAAAAGGAUCUGUUUUCAUUCUCUCCUCCCCAUUAUGGGAAACUUGUGGUGUAAAUGUGAGGAAAUUCAUGAGUCUUCUUUUGCUGAUCAUUCUUAUUUCUUAGUGUUGUUUCAAACGCAUUAUUUGUAAGAUGAACUGCUGUGGAUUGAUUGAUGCAUGCCAGUGCAGCAGAUGGCAGUAUUAUCCGUUGAGCUUUAGUGUGUCAUUUCCUUUCAGCUCUGAGCCAGAAGAAGACAACAGCAAGCGUAAACAGUCCUGAGAAUCUUGUUUGAGGGGGGAUUUGAUCCCCAUAUUAUAAAUAUAUGACAAAUCGUGUCUUAGCAACCAAGGAUAAUGGCCAAUAAGAAGAAAGUAAUAGUGACAGGGUUUGAGCCCUUUGGAGAGUAUACGGUGAACUCCAGCUGGGUGGCGGUGCAGGAACUGCAGCGAUUAGGGCUGGGUGAGGCAGUAGACCUUUAUGUGUGUGAGGUGCCUGUUGAAUACCAGGCUGUUCAGAGUCUACUCCCAUCUCUGUGGGAACAGCACCAGCCUCAGUUAGUGGUCCAUGUUGGUGUUUCUGGGUUAGCUACCACAGUCACUCUGGAGCAAUGUGGCCACAACAAGGGCUACAAACGGCUGGACAACCACGGCUUCUGCCCAGCUUCCCAAUGCUGCACGGAGAGUGGCCCAGACCGCAUAAACUCAGUCCUGGAUAUGGAUACAGUCUGCAAAAAGGUCAAUGACUCUGACCUCGGGGUCGCUGUAUCAGUGUCUAAGGAUGCUGGAAGGUAUCUGUGUGACUACAGCUACUACUAUUCUCUGUACCUGGGACAGCGCCGCGCUGCCUUCGUCCAUGUGCCUCCGCUAGGAAAACCCUACAGCAGCCAAGACCUCGGCAGAGCCCUUCAGGCCAUCGUGUGGGAGAUGCUGAAACUGCUGGAGGUGAAAAAUACUGAGGAGGAGGAGGACACACACAACGAGCACUGCAACCACAAGCAUCAGUAGCAGCAGCAUGCCCACUCAUGCCUGACUCACCUCAGUAGACACAUCAAUGAGCAAGAUGGACUGCUGGCUUGUAGUAAUGUUUUAGUGUGAUUCUUGAGGCAAAAAUUAUUUUUUAUUUAGCUGUGAGACUUAUAAUGCAGGUAGCUAUGAAUCGAGAUAGUGGACUAUUAACUCUGGAAAUAAAGGGCAUGAAUUUCA